GCUGCUGAAUGAGCCUUUCCACUUUUGAUAAAUCUAUGCUUCGUGGUUUUCCAACGUGCUUCUUGUCCAAUGUGGUCUCAAUACAAAAUGAAAAGAAAAGCAGAAAUUAUAUUUUCAUAAAGGUGGAUAGAUCCAUUAAUAUAUGAAAAUAGGCCUUUAUUUAAUGUCACAAGGAGGCCAUGCACAAUUUGCAUAUUUUCUUCCUUUCUUUCUUUCUUUCUUUCUUUCUUUCUUUCUUUCUUUCUUUCUUUCAAUCUUCUUUCUCUAUUUAUUUAUUUAUCCUAUUUCAAGGUAGAGAGAGAGGUACACGAAGACUCCCUUGUUCUCUCCACCCAGGGGAGAGAGGUGUGUAAGCGGCAGCACUUACCUGGCGGGUGUCUGGUUUCAGAGAGAGCCCUUCUUGUAAUGGGAGUGUCCUCAGAGAGCAUGCUGGUGUUAAACUGUCCUCCUACUGGUUACAGGCUUCAACAGGAGGCUGCUGGUGUGGCUCCAGAUCACAGACGAGUUUGUAUUUGACUUCCCUUAACAGCCACAGCGCCUCACUUUUAACUUGUCCCUAAAGCCGCGCCGUGAGCGCACUCACUGCGGGUUUUUUUUUUUUCCGUGAGAGUGACGAUGGACGAGGAGCGCAGCGGCUCUCCGGACCUGACGGACAUCGAGACCAAGUUGGGUCGAAAAGUCCCGGACGGUCUCGUUCGGUCUCUCGCGGGAGGGAGACGCGGCGACAGGCACGAGCGCGACAAGCCAGCUGCGCCUCACUUGGCCAACUGCAAGUUCUGCGCAAGUUCGACGGACCUGAAGCGACUGCAGGGUAAAAUGCUGUUCUUGAGGCAGGAGAUGGCAAACCUGCGAGCCAUCGACGUGAAGCUCAUGCAGCAGCUCAUGUCGAUCAACGACGGCAUCGAGUCCAUCCGCUGGAUGAUGGAGGACAAGGGGGACGCAACGAGCCAGGACGGCAGCCUCACAGGCAGCUUGUACAGCCUGUCGGACAGCCAGGACGGUUCCUCCCUGCGGGGCAGCUUCAACAGCCUGAACGACGGAAACGGCGACGGCCUGGACGGCCUGUCCGUCGGCAGCUACCUGGACACUCUGGCAGAGGACCUACCUGGAGACUCGUCCUCGCCCACGGACCUCGACCGUUUAAUGGAUAAGGCUGUAAUCUCUGGCGAAUCCUUCACCAAAUCGCCACUGAAACUCAGGGUGGAAUCAGACGAAUACUACUGCUUUAGAUAGUGGAGAUGAGAUAGACAAAGACUGCUGAGAUAUAUGGAAAAAAAAAACUCCUUUGUCCUUUUUUUUAUUUUUAUUCUCUCUGGUUUUUGAAGACGUGGACACGUUUGGAAGUGUUAUAUUUUCCCUUGACACCAUUUUCCUGAAGUGGAUUAGCAAAACCUCAAACAUUUAUCUUUUGUUUUUACCAAAUGUCACAAAAUGCAAGAGAAAUCCUCUCUGUAGCAAUGACUGCUUAAUAUUUUUAUUACUUAAAAAAAAAAAGAUAACUCAGAAGAUGCAGAGUAAUGACUUAUGAUUAUAUUUAUUGUCAAAUUAUCCUGUAUGUCAGCGGUUUCCAUCUAAAAACAGGUUGAACAAAAGUUGCACAUGAGCUGAGCAUCAGAUUUUCCUCUCCUUCUAAGGAAAACGGCUCUCUCGGAGAAAAACCAGCGGGUUAGGACUUUGCAGCCGAUUGGAAAAUUGGACAUUUCAUGCUGAACGGUUCGAGUAGUUUAACUCUUUCAGGUGGCAAAGCUAUUAGUUUUGAACUUCAAAGCAAGUGCAAUUUUCCUUCAUGCCAAAAGCUGAGCGCCACCUACAGCACGUUUUCCAGUUUUAUUACUUUAACUGACUGGACUUAAUAAAGCUUUUGGCCGCCAGUGGGCCUGAGUGGGAGCUUCAGCAUGUAGUCUUAUUCAAAGCUUGACUGAAAACCAAAGAAAUUUCUCUCAGAGGUCAUUUACACCUGAGGCUAAACUGCAUCGUGGCACCAGACGAGAGGUUUGUUAACUGUAGGCGUGUGUGAAACGCAUGCUCGCUUUGAGGGCACCUUUUUGUUGUCCCGGCUUCUGAUGAGGUUCUUUGUUUGUAAAAUUGCUUUUGUUGAUUCGUCUUGACAUUUUUGCGCUUGAUGAUGUCUGCUUUUGAAGCUGGCAAAAACAAACAUUUUAAUUAAAGUUUCCAAUCUUUGUUGAGAAAAUAAAAUAAUAUAUUGUGUUUUUGUUGAUUUUCCCCUAUAUUUAUUCCAAAAAUAACUGAUACUGUGACAAAGUAUGUGCCUUCUUCCAGCUGUCUUUUGUUUAUUUUGUGCAUUGUUUUUACAUUAAGCAUUUUCAUAUUGCAAUUAUGAACCUUAAUAUCAGGGAUUAAUAAACCCUGCCUCUCCAUGGUUCAGGAUUCACCUGC